AUGAUGUUGGCUGUGAAUGAGGAAGCGGUGCGGAAAAUUGGCGAUAUCCUCUCGGACAAAAGUGCUCCUUUGAAGAAACGGUUCAGGGCGCUCUUCACCCUUCGUACUAUCGGCGGCUGCUUGGCUAUCGACCUUAUAGCCAAGAACUUCACUGACUCUUCGGCAUUACUGAAACACGAGCUCGCUUACUGUCUGGGCCAAAUGCGGGAUACUUUCGCCCUGCCGACUCUGAGGGAUGUAUUGUCCGAUGAAACGCAAGAGACGAUUGUCAGACACGAAGCCGGAGAGGCGAUUGGAGCCAUCGGCGACAGCAGUCAAAUGGAGUUUUUGGAAAAAUAUAGAAAUUCAUCCAUACAGACAAUUGCAGAAACCUGUGAACUAGCAUGUCAGAGGCUUCAGUGGUGGGCAGCGGUCGACGAAGAGGAAAGACAGUUGGCCGAAAACGUUUAUGAUUCUGUUGACCCUGCUCCUUCUGAAGUUUCGGAUUGCAUUAAAGAGAAUGUAUGUUCAUUGGAAAGAACUCUUCUGGAUGAGAAAGCACAACUUUGGAACCGCUAUAGAGCUCUUUUUGCACUGCGUAACAUAGCUAGCGACGAAGCCAUUCUUUCAAUUUCGAAAGGUAUGAAUUUGUUCUGGGAAUCCUUAAAGCUGGUGAAGUACAAUCAGUGGUAUGCUUCGUUUUUAAACGAUAGUAGAUAG